AUGCGCGGUUAUUACUUCGAUAGGCGAUACGAAAGAUUAGAUGCUAUUGAUAGCGAGCCCCGAGCGAUUCGCGAGAACUGCAUCAUCGCGAGCGGUGGAAAACGUCCCGCCGUCGCCAGCACACGCUCCCUCGCCGGGGUCAGGGAGGAACGACCAAAUCUCCAGCUCAAGGGUGAGCCGUCUCGCACGCUUUAUCCCCGAUUGUCCGCACUUAACGCGCACUUUGCGCCGAGUGCCCCUCUAGAGGAAAUUGAAAGCGAUCGCUUUCCCCGCUAUCUUAUCUGCUAUGUUAUACUAAUUAAUCGACGCGGCGCGACGUGUCCGCCGUUAGAGGUGAAUGGUGCCCGCAUUGAGACGGACGCGGUGAUUUAUCGGAUAGACAAAAGUGUCAUGGGCGGAGCGGGCCGGGACAAUGGCGCGGAAUGUCGUCGCGGGCGAGCCGCUCGGCGCUCGUGCGACCCG